AUGUAAUUUCAUUAUCAUAAAUAAGAAGUCAAAAUAGCUUUCAAAAAGAGCAUUUAAUUAUAUGAGGGACUAUUUUUUAAAAAAAUCAAUAAAAAAUUGGAUAUCUAUAGAAACAAAUCUAUUUAAUUUAGAAAUGGGAAGGUAAUUGGAAAAACUUGGAUUUAAGACAUUACGUGUUUCGAUGAAGAGAUCGAAGAUUAUUCAUUUCAUAAAAGAGGAUGUCAUAUAAUUCUAAGAAAUUCAUUAGACAUCAUCAGAAUGUCAUAAGAUAACUUCAUUACUUUAAAGAUUAGAAAAAAUGUUUCUCAUAGAAUUUAGUUGAAUGAUGAAAAUUAUGUUAACUAUCAUGAAGGAACUUUAAAUGGUUAACCAAAUAAAUUAAUUAAUUUAAAUUCUUAUUACAUAGAUGAAAUGAAUUGUAUAAUUAAUGAUGGUCAAAUACUACCAUUAGGAUUAAAAAUUAAACCAUUAAUUAAAUAUACCAAACUCAGAUGUUUUAAAAUAGCUGAAGAAACUUAUUGUUUGCAAUAAAUAACUAAUGAAUAAUGUUUAAAUAUUUUAAUACACAAAGAUAAACAAAUUCCAUUCUAUUAAGAUGUUCUUUAUUUAGAAGGAUAACUAUCAUAUAUUAAUGGAUAUUUCUUUCUCUAUAACAAUAAUUAAUUAUAAAUGAUUAAUUAACAUGGUAUUGAGUAUGAAGAACCUUUACAUGGACAAUGUUAUUUAGAUGGAUCUGAAAUUUUUGUUUUAAGAGAUAUUUAAAUAGAUGAAUAAAUUAUCAAAAACAAUUUAGAGUUUACAAUCAAAACAACCGGAGUCUUAUUUAAGAUAUAAAUAAUCACUAAAUCUCUAAAAUUAAAAAUGAUGUUAGAAGAAAAUCAAAUACCACCAUAAGAAAUACCUGAUUAUUUGGUUAAAAUUAAUGAUUAUAAGUUUAUUAAGGAAACUGUUAAAAAAUUGUGGAAACAAAAAAGCAUUAAUAAAACUCAAUUAAUUUAAAUAUUUAAUGUAUUAGUUGAUAUGAAAAAAUCUAAUAAAAUAAGAGCAAAAUUAAAUUUAAUACAAUGUUAUGAAACUGAAAAUCUAGAGAACUUAUCAUUUUCAAAUUGUAUUUAAUCAGAAACAUGUGAAUUAUCACAAUUAAUUAGAUUUUUUUAAAAUCAUAUCAUCUACAAUUAUGUUCAUUUUUUGAAUGCCAUUAUAAAGUAUAAAUCAAAAUUUCUUAACGAAAUAUUACCAGAUGGCUCUUUAUUUAAUAAUUUUGAGCCAACAGAGAUUGGAAGUCUUUCUAAAUAGAAUAAACUUAAUGAUUUGAGUUUUCUAGGAAGUAAUAAUAUUCCUAAAAUAAAAAUUGAUUAUUAAAAGGUUGCAAACUAAUGUCUAAUUUAAUGUCAUGGUAUUUACAAUUUACCAUUCUAAUAAGAAGAUUUUACAUUUUUCUUAUAUACAUUAUUAGUUUAAGGUAAUUAAUCAAGAUUAACUCUUAAAAAUUUCAUGCAGGAGUAAGAUAAAAUUCAUACUCUUCUUACAUAUAAUUCAAAAAUAGAUACUCUUUUUGUAUAGUUGAAUUAAUACUAUUAAUAACAUAAUUUAAAUUGGUUUGAUGAGAUGUUGUAUUAAUUAAGAAAAACUUAAUAUCCUGUUUAAAUAUUCUAAUCUAUACUAGAUUAUUGUCCUAAUUUAACUACAAAAGAAUACCUUAUUUCUGUAAAUGUGGCUUUUGAAAGAAUUUAAACAUUUUCAACAGAUAAUUAUCAUUUAUUUUAUUAAUUGUUAGAAUCUUUUAUUUUUAUUAGAAAUUCAUUUGAUUAAGGAGAAUAUGAUUAAUUGUAAACUAUAAUUUCUUAAUUGUAAUAAUCAUCAAUUUUAUCUUAAAUUAUUUCAAACUUUAAUGUAGUAUAUUAAUUAGGUACUGUAUUAAAUAAAAUUAUGGCAAAUCCAGAUGAAUGUUAAAAAUGCAUAGAGUAAUUACUUGAAAAUUAUCAUGUUAAUAGAGUUAAAUUAUUGUAAUUUAAAAUUUAAGAUAAGACAUUCAAUUUAUAAAAUUAAAAUGAAUUGAAAUAAUGUUUUUCAUAUGGUUUUAAAAAUUAUAUCAAAGAUGAUAAAAAAAUAGAAUUAUCAAUAUUUAGGAAGAAUCUUGAAUUUGGUAAAUAUAGAGAUGCAAAGCUUCUCUGUCAAUCCUUUAAUUUAAAUAUAAAUUAAUUUGAUGAAGUCUUGUCAGAUGCAAUGCUUAGAUAUCUAUAACUUCAAAAAAAAAUUGAUUAUAUUGAAGAUGAAAGGAAAAAAUUCUUAGAAAUUUAGAUUGAAAUCCAAAAAUUAAAAAAAGAAAAAUUAGUCAAAACUUAGAAAACUAUGAGUCUUUAUAAAUUUAUUAUAGAAUCUAAAGAAACAGGAAAUUUUAGAGAUUUAGAUUAAUUUAAAUGUAAUCAAAUUAUAUUCUCAAUAUAUCGAAGAACUUAAAAUUUAGAUUUACCUUAUAUAAGAUUAAAAAAAAAAUUAGCCAAAGCUAAUGAUUUAAAAAUUUAUGAUAGAGAUUUUUGUAAAUUUAUGAUUGAUCUUGCAUAAAAAAAUUUUAAUGUUAAACCACAAAAGGCUUAAUUAAUUUUAGAAGAUCUUUCUUAAAAUGGAGAUCAACUAACUUAAUCCGAAGUUUCAAUAAUUUUAUUAUAAUUUUCAAAAGAUGAAAACUAAAAGAGAGAAUAAUAUUGGAAAGUUUUAAAAUAAUCAUCAAAUGCAGAUACAGUUUAGACUUUAUUAAAUUUUUAGUAGAAACAAACUAAAUAGAUAUAAUUAAUACCUUAGAAGAUUGAAAUAAUAUCCAAAGAACUAAUAGAAGUAUCUUUAGAAAAUUCUGUAAACUUAGCUAAAUUUGAAUAAGAAUAUAAAAAAUUUUAUACAGAAAACAUAACUGAUAUCGUAUUUUUGGAUAAUAUAUUAAAAGAUCCUUAAGAAGCUUUUUUUUUAUUAUCUUUAAAAUAAUCAUAAAAUACAAAGUUCUUAAUUUAAAAGUUAGCAACUAGUCAUUUAAUGAAUUCUGAAAAAAUCUUAACUCUUUAUAUUCAAAAUUUUAUGAAACCAUUUAAUGUGAUUAAGCUUUUAUAAGGUGAUGACAAGGAACUUGAAGAAUUAGCCUAAGCUCUUGUAAUUAGUUAAAAUAAGUAAAUCUUUGAUAAAAGAUGUAUUUUUAAUAAAAAUGAACGAUUAAUUUAAAUUUAAGAAAGAUUGGAAACAUUAGAAUUGGAUAAUAUUAUUCCAGAAUUAAGAUAUUUCAAAGAUUUAGACAUUAAAGAAUUAAAAGUCCAAAAUUUUAUUAAAGUAUUAUAAUAAACUGAUCUUAAAUUAUAUUACUCAAAUAAUGAAUAAAAUUUAAAAAGUUAUAUCAAAAAUUAAAUUAAACGAAUACCUGAGAUAAUUGAUAUAAAAAUAGAUCUAAGAUAUCAUUUUAUGAUUUAUGAAGAUAUUUUUGGUUUUACUCAAAAAGAAAAACACUUGAUUCGGUCAUUUAUCUAUUAAUGCAUAGAAAGCAAGAAAUUAAUUUAAUACUAUGAUAAUAUUUACAAAUAAAUCAUUUCUAAAGAGUUUAAUUUUGAUUAAGUGAAAGAGGAUUUCUAUUAAAUUAUUGAAUUAGAAUGUAUUUUCAUAAUUGUUGAGAUAGCAAAAUCUUAUUUUAAAAAACAUGAAGAAGUUAUAUAAUUUUAUUGUUAAAAAUUAAUAUCAAGCUCUUCAAGUAAUGAUGAAAUCGAAUUUUGGUACAAGCAAGACCCUCAAGACUAAAUUAGGAAUAUUUUGAUAGAAACUUUAAAAAAGUAAAGUUAAUCUUUAUAACUAAAUAAUGAUAUGAGACCAUUGAUUGUUUGA